UUUUUAUUUAAACCGUAUUGAAAACCCUAGUAGCAGCUGCUGCAACCAACACUUUUGAAGAAAGCCGUAACCCCUCUUCUCCUCUGAAUUCCGGCCGCCGCUCAGCCACCGUCACCGGUAUUCCGGCCACCGAUAUCAACACACAGAAGAGCAUUGAAAGAAUGGGGAUGAAGCUGUUUGGGGAUGAAGGCGGUGAAGCAGGCGACAUAUCGAAAAUCGAAAUCAACCAAGAGUUCGCACGCCGAUUCGAGCACAACAAGAAGCGCGAAGACUUGCAGCGGUACGAGGAGCUCAAGAAGAAAGGCGUAAUCGAUGACAGCGAAGAAGAAGACGACGAGUCGUCUGAUGACGAUGAGGAAAUUGUUAAUUAUUCAACUAAGCAGGAUUUGAAGUUUUUCGAUGCGUUGAUAAAGGUUAGGAAUAAGGAUCCUUUGCUUAAAAGUAACGAAGCGAAGUUGUUUGAUUCGGAUAACGAAGAAGACGGUGAUGAUGAUGAUGAGGGUGGGGAUGGUAAGAAGGAAAAGGAGAAGAAGAAGAAACCGAUGUUUUUGAAAGACGUGAAUGCGAAGCAUUUGAUUGGGAACGGGCCGGAGUUUGACGACGAAGAUGACGAACGCGACAAUAAAAACCGGAAAAAGAGUUAUUUCGAAGAGCAGGAGGAAGUGCGGAAGGAGUUUUUGGAUGCGGUUGCCGACGAAGAAGAUGACGAUGGAGAACUAUUGAAGGUGAAGAAUGAUAACACAGGUGGUGAUGAAGGCGAAGAUGAGGAUGAUCGCGAGUUUGAAAAGAAGUUGGAUGAGUAUUUUAAAGAAGACGAUAAACUAGAUGAAAACGAGAAGUUUUUGAAGGAUUAUUUUAGGAAAAAGAUGUGGUUGGAUAAAGAUAGCGGUAAAAGUAAAGGGUUCGAUAUUGAAAUAGACGUUUCGGAAGACGAGGAAGAGUUAGUGAAGCAAGAAGAUUACGAACGAGAGUUUAAUUUUAGAUACGAAGAAAACGCAGGGGAUAGAGUAAUGGGGCAUUCGCGUAAAGUUGACGGUUCGGUGAGGAAGAAGGAAAGCUCGAGAAAAAUACAGAGAAUGAAUAAAAAAGAGAGAAUGGCACAAGCAGAGUUAGAGAGGAAUGAGGAAUUGAAGCGUUUGAAAAACUUAAAAAAGAAGGAAAUGAAUGAAAAACUUAGAAAGAUUAGAGAAAUAGCAGGGUUCGGUGAAAACGACGAUUGUUUGUUAGACGAACAUGAUCUUGAAGAGGAGUUUGAUCCGGACAAAUACGAUAGAAAAAUGAAAAAUACUUUUGGUGAUAACUUUUAUGAUGCGGAUGAUGUGGACCCCGGUUUUGGUAGUGAUGAAGAACAUGGUGAGUUGGAAAAACCGGACUUCGAUAAAGAAGAUGAUUUGCUCGGGCUUCCAAAAGGAUGGGAUGAUGAACACGGGUCGGGUGAUGGGUUCUUGGCUUUUAGAGAAAAAAUCUUGAAGAAAAAGGUUAAAAAUGAGGGAAAUGAAGAACAAAAUGAAGAACAAUUACAAGACGAAGAAGGAAAAAGAAAAAGAUCGAAGUUAGAGGAAGAGUUAAUUAAAAAAUCGUUGGAAGAGAUGUAUAAAUUGGAAUGUGAGGGUACAAUCGGGGAUUUAAAGACAAGGUUUAGAUACAAGUCGGUUGAUAAAAACACUUACGGUUUAAAACCGAAGGAGAUUCUAUUAGUGGACGAGAAGGAGCUAAAUCAGAUAGUUCCGUUAAAGAAGUUGGCUACGUAUAGGGAAGAUGAGUUUGUUGUUCCCCGUCAUAAGUUGAAAGAGCAAAAGCAGAAGAUUAAAUCUCUUCUUCGAGGCGAGUCGUCUGAUGGUCACGGUCACUCCGAUGGCGGCAAGAAGCGGAAGCAUGAUGUUGGUCAAACGGAACCUGAAAAGUCAAAGUCGGAUGCGGAAAAUGAAGAGCAGAAAGAAAAUGAAGAGCAGAAAGAAUUAUCCAGGAAACAACGACGAAAGAUGCGAUUAAAGGAAUUCAAGAUAUCGGAUAAAAGGCGAAUGGCGUAUGAAGGAAGUACAGCUAAAAGCAAUAAAAAGAAGAAACACAAAUCCAAAGAUGCAGUAUAAAAGCUUCGAGUUUUGGCCGAGCUCUGCCGGGAAGAUGCGUUUUUACAGUUUUUACGGGUAUUUGAUUCCAAGCGACAUGCAUCUAAAACCAAAUCCAACUAAUUUGUGGAUCGUUUUUGGGAUAUUUUUAUUUAGAUGGAAUUUCAUCAUUGUUUUUGUUUCAUGAUACUUUGUAAGGUUAAACCAGUUAUGUGUUGUGUUAAUUUGUUAUAGAAUGGAUGGUUUUAUAAAAAGGUUUUUUGGGAACUUUGUGUUA